CACGCCCAGCCUCUUCCUCACUGCUGUGUGUAGAAAAGUCGGAAACAAGUUCAACCGCAUCUUUUAUGUACCGUUAGCCGAAUACCGUUACUCUGCUACCGAGCUAAAGCAAGGUAGCCAGACAGGAGAGACAGGAGAAACAGGAAACAUGGCAAAAACGUACGACUAUCUGUUCAAAUUGCUGCUAAUCGGAGACAGCGGAGUGGGCAAGACGUGUCUGCUGUUUCGAUUCAGUGAGGACGCGUUUAACACCACCUUCAUCUCCACUAUAGGAAUUGACUUCAAAAUCAGAACAAUUGAGCUGGAUGGGAAGAAGAUCAAGCUUCAGAUCUGGGAUACAGCCGGACAGGAGAGGUUUAGAACCAUCACCACUGCAUAUUAUAGAGGAGCAAUGGGAAUUAUGCUGGUGUACGAUAUCACAAAUGAGAAAUCAUUUGACAACAUCAGGAACUGGAUCAGGAACAUUGAGGAGCACGCAUCAUCGGAUGUGGAACGGAUGAUAUUGGGUAACAAAUGUGAUAUGAAUGAUAAGAGACAAGUUUCAAAAGAAAGAGGGGAAAAGCUAGCUAUUGAUUAUGGAAUCAAAUUCUUGGAAACCAGUGCAAAAUCUAGCACAAAUGUUGAAGAGUCCUUUGUCACUCUUGCUAGGGACAUCAUGACCAGACUAAACAGAAAAAUGAAUGAGAAUAACCCUUCGGGUGGAGGAGGAGCAGUGAAAAUCACAGAGAGUCGAUCCAAGAAGCCAAGCUUCUUCCGCUGCACUCUGCUCUAACCCAGCAGCUCCUGCAGCCUCAGUGUGUGAAUGACUUCAUUUCUCUAAGUGUGUUUGAGCUCAGUAUGUGUGUGUUUAUGCGAGAGUUUACAGUAUCACUGGACUUUCAGCUGUUAGCUGCUGCUGAGAGCUCUGGACUUUAGUCUUUCAUUUAAGGCCUGAAGAGAGUAUGCUAGAUAAAAGACUCAUCCAAAACAUUCCUUUUAAACCAAAAUAUCCAUCAACCUACCCCCUUAAAGGAUUAGUUCACCCAGAAAUGAAAAUUACCCCAAGCUUUACUCACCCUCAAGCCAUCCUAGGUGUAUAUGACUUUCUUCUUUCUGAUGAACACAAUUGGAGAUAUUUUAAUAAAUAUCUUGACGCAUCUGAGCUUUAUAAUGGCAGUGAACGGGACCAACGAGUAUGAGCUGAAGAAUGUGCUUCCAUCCACAUCCAUUCAUCAUAAACGUGUACUCCACACGGCUCCGGGGGGUUAAUAAAGGCCUUCUGAAGCGAAGUGAUGCGUUUGUGUAAAAGUUAUGAAUUAAAAUAUCUAUCUUCCACCAGACCGCCUUCUGCAUUCAACUUACGGAAAAAAACAGAACUGGCUUUGCGUCAGUUACACUUUCUCCGUAAGUUGAAUAGGGAAGACGUAGGACGUAGCGUAACUGCAAGAGUUUUACACAUUCUUUGUAUGUUGAAUACGGAAGGCGGUCUGGCGGAAGCUAGAUAUUUUACUUCAUAACUUGUUAAAUAGUUAAAUUUGUUAAAUUGUUGUUACAUUUUUAAAUAUGGAUUUUUUUUUUUUACACAAAUGCAUCGCUUUGGUUCAGAAGGCCUUUAUUAACCCCCUGGAGCCAUGUGGAGUACACGUUUAUGAUGGAUGGAUGUGGAUAGAAGCACUUUUUUCAGCUCAUACUAGUGACCCCUGUUCACCGCCAUUAUAAAGCUCAGAUGCGUCAGGAUAUUUAUUAAUAUAACUCCGACUGUGUUCAUCAGAAAGAAGAAAAUCAUAUACACCUAGGAUGGCUUGAGGGUGAGUAAAGCUUGGGCCAAUUUCCAUUUGAAAGAGAGCUAAUCAUUUAAUCACAAUUUAGUGUAGCCUGAUUUGAAUUUUGAGAACAUUUUUUUUUUUUUUUUCCCCUUUACAAUGUCAAUAAUUAAUUAAACAGUCAAUUUAUAGUUCGUUUUAAAGUGCUUUGUUAAAGCACAGUUUAAUGAAGGAAAGUAUAUGAAGAGAUUACAGAAUAUCAAACUCCUGCUAUUAUGCAGUUACUGGCAAUAAAGACUGGACCUAAAGUAGCAACUGAAGAACCUGAUGGUUUGACAGCUAUAUACUGGUCAAACUGAAGGACAUGCAAUAUAUAUAUAUAUAUAAAUAUAUAUUUUUUGUUGUUGUUGAAUGUUAUGUUUUGGUAUAUUUAAAUUCACCCAUUUUAUAAAUUUUUAGUUACUGUUACAAAGCCGCAAUAAACUGUGGAAUAUAAAGCAGCGUUCCACAAGUUGUAGUCUUCCCCCUUUCCCUGACUUUACGUUAUUAACCUUAAUUCUAACUGAGACCAAAGUAAAAAGAAAUCAAAACUGUGAUUGAUAUUAACAGUCAAAAUUUCUCUUUCUUUUUUUGGUUGUAAUCUCUCAUAUAUUAUAUAUUGAGCAUGAAAAGAGAGACAAAAGAAUGAAGAGAGAGGGCUAGGACCCUUUUCCUAAUGCUUGUUGAAGCAGCAGCCAGCUAGGCCCUGUAUAUUAAUAUAUACAGUAUUACAUUUACUAAUGGUAUUAUAUUUUUAUACGCAAGCAUAUUUUACUCACCACGACAUAUAAAUCAUGUUAACCUGUGCUUAUGUGAGAUUUAUUUGUUAAUACUCAUUUAAAUGUCAUCACAGUAUUCUGUACGUUGUCUUUUUUAAUUCCCUCUUUUAUAAGACUCUUAUGAGUGUGAAGUCAUGUAGUGUUUACAAUACCACUGCAACAAUAUCUUUUUUAAGUCAUGCACUGUUAUCUGUGUGUGUGGGUCUCUCGUAGAGCCUCCUCACUUCAUAAACCACUUAAUGUCAAGCUUGUGAAGGCAACCACUCAAAAAAAAAGUGCAAGAUUGUACUAGCUUGAUUGUGUCCUCUGAGCUUAUUAGACUUUUACCAAGCCCAUAUGGAACCUGCAGACUCUUAUAGCUGAUUUUGGAGGAAAUCCAUUGAAAUUCUGCUGAAUGGUUUUAAACAUGGUCAAAUCUGUCAACCAGACAGGAGAGUACUAAACUUUUAUUACCUUUGAGCAUAUCAGAUGUUCACAUUUCUGUGUAAAUCUACAGAUCUUUCCAUGUACAGAUUCCAUGUGGGCCUGUUACAAAUUUAGAACACAAAAUUCAAACUGAAACGCUGAGAAUCUAGAUAUUUCAGAAUUCGCAAUCACUUAAGUUACUCAUAAUGAAUGAAUGAUUAAUUCUACUGUUUAUGUUUAAGGGUGUACGAUUGCUCGAGUUCCAUUGGCUGUUGUGCAUCUUUUUGACAGAACCGCUGCUCAGAGUUGUGCCAUUACCAUGUAAAGGGUUAGUCCACCCAAAAAUGAAAAUAAUGUUAUCGUUUACUCACCCUCAUGUCAUUCUCAACCUGUAUGUCUUUCUUUGUUCUGUGGAACACAAAAGAAAACAUUUUUGGAACAAGAAAUGUUGUACAAUGGAAGUCAAUGGUAACCAAAACUGUUUUGUAACAAACUGUUGUUUGUUUUGUGUUCCAUAGAAGAAAGUCAGUCAUAGAGGUUUGGGAAAACAUGAGCAGGAGUACAUUUUUGGGUGAGCUAUCCCUUUAAUGGCCCUGUAGUCAUGUUUUGAAUAUGCAUGCAGGCACAUUUGCAUAUUUUUCAAUGAAACAGUGACAGCACUCAACUUCCCAUAUGAGCAUAAAGUCUUACUGACUAUUCAAUGCAAGCUUUUAUGUCCUGUUUUAUAACAUGUCUUCCUUGAUUUCCUUGUCUGUUCUAUAAUAUGUCAAGAGUUUACUGAUUAUGUAAAAAAGAUUAAAAUAUCUUUUCUAAGUUA